CCAAAACCACCCAACCAACUCGGAGAUUAUUUUAGAAAAACAAAGCUUUUCUUUUUCUUCUUCCUUAGUUUUGAAGAAGUGAAUCUGGACGCAGAACUAAGACAGUCCAUUUUGGAACUUGAACCAUCAAUUUCAUCAAGAAAGAAAGUUCAAAAAUCUUAAUUUCUACUUGUAUUUAAGCUUCUUGAUUCAUCAGAAACUCGAUUAUUUCGUUUCUUUUUUACAAUUUUCUCCUCUUCUUAAUCUUCUUUUCUUGAGAAACAUCUACUCUUAUUAAUCUUCUGGAUCAAUAAGACAUGAAGUUCUUCGGGUGGAUGCAGAACAAGCUACAUGGGAAACAAGGAAAUACUCAUAGACCAAGCAUAUCCUCUACUUCUUCUCAUCAACCGCGAGAGGAGUUUAGUGAUUGGCCUCACGGAUUACUAGCGAUUGGAACGUUCGGUAGUGUGAACAAAGAGCAAACACCACAAAAACUUAAUCAAGAAGUGAUCCAAGAGGAAGAGACGUCGGCUAACGUGCACGUGGAAGAUCAUGCGCAAGAUAGAGAUCAAGAACUUUCUUCCUCCGAUGAUUUAGAAGAUUUCACUCCCGAGGAAGUUGGGAAACUGCAAAAGGAGCUGACGAAACUCUUGACGAGAAGGACCAAGAAGAGGAAGUCCGAUGUGAACAGAGAACUUGCGAAUCUUCCUUUAGAUAGAUUCUUGAAUUGUCCUUCGAGUCUCGAAGUCGAUAGACGAAUCAGCAACGCGCUUUCUGGUGGUGGAGAUUCUGAUGAGAAGGAAGAAGACAUUGAGCGUACGAUCAGUGUUAUUUUGGGGAGAUGCAAAGCGAUUUCGACAGAGAGCAAGAAUAAUAAGAAGAAGAGUAAGAGAGACUUGAGUAAAAACUCUGUCUCUUAUCUUCUCAAGAAGAUGUUUGUCUGUACAGAGGGUUUCGCUCCUGCUCCUACUCCUAGCUUGAGAGACCCGUUUCACGAAUCGAGAAUGGAGAAGUUGCUGAGAAUGAUGCUACACAAGAAGAUUAACGCUCAAGCUUCUUCCAAGCAAACAUCAACGAAGUAUCACUUGCAAGACAAGCAACAGCUUUCGUUGAAGAAUGAGGAAGAAGAAGGAAGAAGUAGUAGCGAUGGGGGUAAAUGGGUGAAGACAGAUUCUGAUUUCAUUGUUCUUGAGAUAUGAUCCACUUUUUCCCCUUUCCAUGUUCUUACAAGAAAGUACAGAUAGAGAAUCUUCACUGAUAUCAAGACAAACAAGAUUAUAGAAGAAAUGAUCCAUCAAUUUUCUUUUUCUUUCUGAUGAAAGUUUUUGGGUAUCUGGAGAGCCCAUGAGUUUCUUUUUUUUUGCAUGGUUGGGUCCAUAAAGCCGAACAUGUUCUGGAAACUAAACAUCAGAUAUUUAUAUUCGUACAUGCAUGUGUAUGUAUAUAUAAAGAGAGAAAUAUAUAUAUAUAUAUACAUACAUGUAUGUAUAGCUGUGUAAUUUUCAGGUGGAUAACCUUGGUUUAUAUAAAGAAGUCCUCAUUUUCUU